GAUGUGCGUUUUUAGUCACUUGGAUUAAGUUUAACGGUUUGAAAACUAUACAAUUUUACCGCUUUACAUUGUUGCUAUGGUAUAUAUUAAUCAGAAAAGCGUCCUACUCAAGAAAUAGGCAGAAUGCGCUCUCCGAUGUCACCUUAUUUUGAAGGGAGUAACGGAAGUCUGUUUCCAUGCUCGCUAUCUUGACACUAUUAUUGGGCGCCCAGUGUUUGGCGCAGCUCCGCCGGUGUAAACUUUCCCUCUGGUUCUGCUACUCGGCCGCCAGCAGUUCUAGCUAGAAGCAUGGCGGACCGGGACGAGCGCCGCUUCGCCGAGGUUUCCCGGGAGUCCGUCAAACUCAUGGCGGAGAGUGCAGGCGCGGAGCUGGGCGACGACGUGGCCGCGCUGCUGGCCGAGGACGUGUGCUACCGGCUCAGGGAGGCCACGCAGAGCAGCUCUCAGUUCAUGAGACAUGCCAAGAGGAGGAAGCUGACGGUGGAGGACUUCAACAGAGCUCUGCGCUGGAGCAACGUAGAGGCCGUAUGUGGCUAUGGGGCCCAGGAUGCUCUCCCGUUCCGCCCAGCAAAGGAAGGAGAGCUUUUCUUUAUCGAGGACCGGGACAUCAACCUGGUGGAGUUGGCUCUGGCCACCAACAUCCCCAAGGGCUGUGCUGAGACCAUGGUGCGAGUAAACGUGUCUUACCUGGAUGGGAAAGGCAACCUGGAGCCCCAGGGGACAGUUCCCUCAGCAGUGCAGUCUCUGUCGGACGACCUGUUGAAGUACUACCAGCAGAUAACCCGGGCCAUCCUGGGUGAGGACCCCCACCUCAUGAAGGUGGCUCUGCUGGACCUCCAGUCCAACUCCAAGAUCGCUGCCCUUCUGCCAUACUUUGUUUAUGUCAUCAGCGGGGUGAAGUCAGUCAGCCACGACCUGGAGCAGCUCAACAGGCUCCUCCACAUGGUGAAGAGCCUGGUCCAGAACCCCUACCUGUACCUGGGCUCGUAUGUGCGCAGCCUCGUCUCCAGUGUCAUGUACUGCAUCCUGGAGCCGCUGGCCGCCUCCAUCAACCCGCUCAACGACCACUGGACCCUGCGGGACUACGCAGCCCUGCUCCUCAGCCACAUCUUCUGGACUCACGGGGAUCUGGUGAGCGGUCUCUACCACCAGAUCCUGCUGUCGCUCCAGAAGGUCCUGUCCGACCCGGUGAGACCACUCUGCUCUCACUAUGGAGCCGGUGGGCUCCACGCUCUGGGGUGGAAGGCUGUAGAGAGAGUGCUGUUUCCUCACCUCCCUGCCUACUGGGCCAACCUCCAGGCCGUGUUGGACGACUACUCCGUGUCCAACGCCCAGGUCAAAGCAGACGGACACAAGGUCUACGGAGCCAUCCUGGUGGCAGUGGAGCGCCUGCUGAAGAUGAAGGCUCUGUCUCAGCCAGCAGACGGAGGCUCCAGCGGUCAGCCGGGCUCUGCUGUGGGUGUUGUGGGUUACAGGGUGAGCUCCCCCGGCCUCAGUCCUCCCCCAGAGCCCCUGUCGGAGGCCGCCCUGGGCAUCGCCAGCCACCUUCAGGCUGGCGGGGCCGGCUGUCCGUGGGAGGAAUGGACCCCGGUCCCUCUCCCCGCCAUGUACUGUGAACUCUACUCCUUCUUCGGGGACAGCCUGGCGGUCCGGUUUAGCACAGGGCCGGGGUUCGGCAGCUACCCUCCCUGCCCCCCGUCACAGCUCGGUGAUGCCAGGAAGGAACCCUGUGGCCCCGCCUCCAACCCCGACACCGCCCGGAAGAUGCCUCAGCUGACCGCCAACCUCAAUAUCAGCCCCAGGCAAGAUGGGAGUCCUCGUACGGACCCGCCCCCCCCCAGCCUGGCAUCUACCGGACCAGGAAGAUCCCUAGCUCGCUCCUCUUCUUCCUCAUCCUCCUCCUCCUCUGUGCAGCGCUCCAAAUCUUCCUUGUCACGUUCGGGUCAGCGGCCAGCCGGCCCGUCUCGCGAUGUUUUCCCCAAAGCCCGGUUCACCUCCCCUCAGACGGGACUUCCUGUGUUCUCCUUCCUCAUCGGCGGGCGGCAAAGGGGUCGCCGUUGCAAGGCGCGGCCCUUCCAGACCACGUUCGCCCCGACUCCACCCGUUCCUGCCGUCCCGCCACGGGCCUACGCCCACAAGCUGCCUGUGAUCGGCAGGGUGGGCAAACCCGUGCGCCGCUGGGCGUGCUCCCAUUACUCCCUUCACCUGCCUCUCUAGAGAAGGGAACUGCUGCAGACUUCUACAUGCCCAUACUCAUAUUUUUAUAACUACAUAGUCAUAUCACUUCAGCUGCCAGUAAUCAGUCUUUUGUGAUAUUUUCAUAGCAAGGAUUCUGUUUUAUUAAGAUGGAAAAUGACAUUUGGACCAUAAUUCACUGAGUCAACAAAAGGCGCGAUAGACACUGUUAUAGUGACAUAAAAAGUAUUAAUAUAACGGGUGUCGACCACAACAAUUAAAACGCAGUACAAUAUUCAAGCAUUUCACAUUUGUGAAUGUGGAACCAGAGAAUGUUUUUGGGACAUGAUUCAAAAGAUAAGUUUAUCAGAAAAACUGUUUAUCUUUUUGAUUAUUUUGUUUAUAUCGGUUAACUAAUUAGUCAACUAAUGAUUUGAGCAUAUGCUCCUCUGAAUACGAUGAGGUUAAGGGCUUGUGAGCCAGAGCUCAGACCAGGACCUGGAUCCCCCCCAGGAGAGAGACCAGGAUGAGGGAUGAGUGGUUACUGGAUACCUGCCGAGGAGCCGUGCACGUGUUCCACGUGUUUUGACAUCUUGUACAUAGCUGCUGUUUUUCAUUGAAUAAAACCUUUUCUGUUUUGAAA